AGUUCCAGGUUCUAAGAUGUCAUGUUCAGUGAUGUCAUAGAGAAGGUACCCUUAUACUCCAGCUAGGAUCCUAUAAUUGGUAAGAGACAGCUACAGUCUGCCAACUGAACCAACAGAAGAGUUUUGUCAGCAAUUCCCAGGUGUAAAUCAUGGUGCAGAAUAUUAGAGACAUGGAUGAAUUUAAAGCGUUUUUGAAAGCUGCUGGAAACAAACUUGUGGUAAUUGAAUUCUCAGCAAAAUGGUGUGGUCCUUGCAAAAGGAUUUAUCCGGUUUUUCAUGCAAUGUCUGUGCAAUACCGAAGCGUCAUGUUUGCUACUGUGGAUGUGGACAAUGCUCGGGAGUUGGCCCAAACUUACCAUAUCAAAGCAGUACCCACAUUUCAGAUGUUCAAGCAAACCAAGAAGGUAACCCUAUUCUCGAGAAUCAAAAGAGCAAUUUGCUGUUAUAGAAGUGGAUCCCUGAGCGAGCCGAUUUUUGAACUUUGUGGAGCUGAUGCUAAAAAACUGGAAGAAAAGAUUCGAGAAUUCAUGUAAGCUGAUCUCCAAGACAAAAUACACUUGCAAUGUUUUAAAAGGCCACAGUGAAUGUGUUGUGUUUUUAUUUCCAGCAAACAUUGUGGUGUCCUAUUGAUCUCUCUCCUGAUGCUUUACAGGUUGCAUUCCAUAUUGCAAUCUCACUGCAAAAACUGUCGAAACUCUUGUUCUGUCAGAGAUUGUGUCAUUUCCAUUUCUUAGCC